CUCCGUUGAACAGAAGUCUCUUUGCAGGGAUGGGGAAAGACAUCGACAACGGCGAACUGCAAACAUUAGAGGAGAGGACUGGAAUCCAUGAAUGCAGUACUAAAACAAAGGCUUCUCCAGCAUUCGAGGAGGUCCUGGACGCCAUUGGGUCCCGGGGGAAGUUCCAGACGAGACUAAACAUCGUCUUCGUUUGCUUUGCUCCAUGCUUCGACCUGAUGAGUGUCAACAUGUUCUACCUGGCUAUGCAGACUCCAGAUCACUGGUGCUACGUCCCUGGUAGGGAAUUUUCCAACCUUUCGAUUGAGGAGUGGAAGAACCUCACCAUACCAAGGGAAGGAGCCUCGUUCAGCAAGUGCCUGAUGUACAACCAGAGCGAUGUGACGGACUCCGGCGGCAGCAGGGAGCCUGUGAAGUGCCAGCACGGCUGGGAGUACGACGAUACGUGGUUCUCCCAGACGGUGACGUCACAGAUGAACUGGGUCUGCGACAACCAGCAGUCCGUCAAUGACGUCUUGUUCUACUCACAGAUUAUUGGAGUGGCCCUGGGGUUACUGUUUGGCUACAUAGGCGACAUGUGCGUAGCUGUUCUUUUUUAUUGCUGGUUUCAUCCACCAUGA